ACAAAUAAAACCCUUGACAACUAAAAAAGAUCAACACAUGGGAGACAAUCGAUAAUCCCAACCAACAAAUCAAAGGUGAUGCAAAUGGCCUCGGGAAUGCCAACAAAAGAUAGUGACAUUAUCUUUUCAACUACAUCACACAUGAGCUAGCCCGUAAAGUUUGGCUAGCAUCUCUCUACCAUGUCGCUGUUUAAUCGGCUACCACGCCUACGAAGGAGAGGAGGAUGGUUACAGUCGCCGUUCCUUUGGGUCCUCGGCGUUGCGUGUAUUCUCGAGAUCACCAUUCACGCCUCCCACUACCGCGUGCCCGUACCGCCUCGCGAGUUCGAUACUCCCUUCUAUGCCUCCUGCCAGGAGCCUCCGAGCACUCCUCCAGACUCGCCUCGCGAGAAUGCCGCCAUCGUUAUGCUGGCCCGCAACCAGGAGGCCGAGAAAGCUGCGAGAUCCGUCCGCAGCAUCGAGCAACGCUUUAACCGCUGGUUCCGAUACCCUAUCGUAUUCCUUAACGACGAGCCCUGGAGCGACGAAUUCAUACAAACCAUCAACGCUUCUACGAGUGCUCCGACCUUCUUCGAAAUAGUACCCAAGGAACAAUGGACUUUUCCGUCGUGGAUGGACCAGGACGCCGCCCGCGCGAGUAUAAAGGAUCAGGGUGACCGUGGUAUUUUAUACGCGGGAAAAGAGACCUAUCAUCACAUGUGCCGGUUCUUUUCUGGGAACUUCUAUCAAGUCGAGGCACUAAAGAAAUACAAAUGGUACUGGCGAUUAGAACCCGACGUCGAGUUCUCAUGCUCUAUUACCUACGAUCCCUUCGUCGAAAUGGCUCGCCACAACAAAGUAUAUGGUUUCACGAUAUCGCUCUGGGAGGAAAAGCGCACGUGUCCUAGUCUCUUUAGGGAAGUAUCGGACUGGAAGGAACUGAAGGGUAUCCCUAGCACCAACCUCUGGAAAGCGAGUGUUGAUGCGUCUUGGGUUCCCUGGCCUUUCCGUAGCCUACUCGGCUGGUUUUCACACCGCGAUAGCUCGGGUGACGGAUGGAAUCUUUGUCAUUACUGGAGCAAUUUUGAGAUCGCAGACCUUGACUUCUUUCGUGGCUCUAAGUAUCAGGACCUUUAUAAGCACUUGGAACACACCGGCGGCUUCUAUUUCGAAAGGUGGGGUGAUGCCGCAGUCCACUCACUCGCCGUGAACAUGUUGGCAGAGCCGCAUCAGGUUCAUCAUUUCGCCGAUAUUGGAUACCGACACGAUUGGUAUUACCAGUGCCCCGCAAACUCGCCCGGUGGCCAACUACCCGAGUCGCAAGCACUCAACGAGGUCCAAAGUAAAUGGGCUGAAGAAAUCCCCGGUGGUGUGGGUUGCCGUUGUGACUGCGACGGCCGCCGGAAUAGAAACCAUGCCAGCUAUUGCCUGAACAAGAUGAAGGCGCCUAAUACUGCUCAUCGUCCCUGGUCUACAUGGCUACUUAGCUUCAUCUUUUGAAAUAUAUACCCUCUGCUAAUGUUAGUAGAAAUUUAUUACGGCAUAGAGAUACCCUUUGAUGAAGAACUGCCGCCUCCAGUUAGUCACUAUCAGACUCUCGCGAUUAUACUUAUAGCGAGACAGCAUGUCUUUAAGGCUUUCUAAAACGCGAAGUCGUUGCAGGCGUAGUCCGCCCCGCGACGAGCAUUACGGGGCGACGAAUUAGCCUUUUAGUUAGGAUAUGUUAACAAACUAGACAAAGAUAUUGGUUUAAUGAAACUAUAUUUCUUAGAAGUCUUAUAGUUCGGCUUAGAGUUGAAUCGGCAAGAUAUCAUAUACACGAGAUAGACAAGCGCGAUCUACACCAGGGGUUGAGAGAAGACAUUACAAUGAUACCAAGGUGGAUGACUAUAUCAAGUCUAUAAUGCAGCGUAUAAUAUAAAGAAAUAACAAAUCUGAC